AUGGCGGAGGUUGAUAUUGCUCCCCAGUUUGGCCUUGAGCUGAAGGAUGGAUUCAAAGCGACAAAUACUUGGGUGUCCAAUGGCAUUGACUGGCUGGACGACAUCCAAGCUUUCUAUCGCGAAAGAAGUGUAAUCGAGAAGGAAUACAGCGCAAAACUCAAUGCUUUAGCAAAGAAGUAUUAUGAGAAGAAGACAAAGAAGUCAAGCAAUCUAAGUGUCGGUGAUACACCUGCUAUGACCCCUGGGUCACUCGAGAGGUUAGGGAUAUUCUUAACAGAACUAGUCGUGCAACUGUUAACUAACCUUAUCGCAUGUAGUGCGUCAUUAACAACAUGGACAACCCAACUUACCACUCUCGAAUCUCGCGCGGCGGAACACGAUCGUUUUGGGGGGGAAUUGAUUACGCAGGUUGCAGAGCCACUGAAAGUACUUGGAGGACGCUACGACGAGCUGAGGAAACGCCACGUGGAAUAUGCGGACAAAUUGGAGAAGGAGAGAGAUUCUACAUAUGCGGAUCUGCGCAAAAUGAAAGGAAAAUACGAUGCCGCAUGUCAGGAAGUCGAGAACAAGCGGAAGAAAGCAGAGUCAUCAUUUGAUUAUUCAAAGACGAAAGCACAAAAUGCAUACCAACAACAGAUUCUUGAAAUGCACAACGUCAAAAAUAGCUACUUAAUCGCCAUAAAUGUCACCAAUAAACAAAAAGAGAAAUACUAUCAUGAGUAUAUCCCGGACCUUCUCGACAGCUUACAGGACCUGUUCGAAUCGCGCACAGUUAAACUUAAUGGUAUAUGGACACUAGCGGCGCAAUUAGAGAAGGGAAUGCUAGAACGUAGCACAGAGUUUACCAAUCACUUACUGACAGAGAUCCCAAGAAAUCAACCUUCUCUAGAUUGUAUGAUGUUUGUCAGACAUAAUGUGGGACCCUGGCAAGAGCCUCCAGACAAGCCAUUUGAACCAAGUCCUGUAUGGCACGACGACAAUGCGAUGAUGGUGGGAGAUACUGCAAAGGUUUUCCUACGGAACGUCCUUAGUAAAUCUAAAAAUCAACUUGGAGAUUUAAGGAGAGAGGUGGAUAAGAAGCGACGUGAGGUUGAAAGUAUCAAACGUGUGAAGCAGCAAAUUAGAGAGGGUAAGGACAAGCGGGACGAAGUCGAAGUUGUUAGGGCUAUUUUUGCUUUGCAAGAAGAGCUACAUCAAGUUGAUCACAAGAGACUCACUGCGGAGGUUGAAACAUCCACGAUUACAGCGGCGGUCGGCGAUGUCACGUUAGGCUCAAAGAGUCACAACUUCAAAUCUCAAACUUUCAAAAUACCCACUAAUUGCGAUUUAUGUGGUGAACGUAUAUGGGGACUUUCAGCAAAGGGAUUCGAUUGUAGGGAUUGUGGGUACACGUGUCACAGCAAAUGUGAGAUGAAGGUUCCAGCCGAAUGUCCAGGAGAACAAACCAAAGAUGAAAAGAAGAAACUAAAGGCAGAACGUCAAGAAGCUGCAAAUGCCUUGAAAGCUCCAGGCACAGGCCUGGCAGAUAGUGUUGCAGAGCUGCCAACUAUGAGUCGAUCCAAUACUAUGAAUUCGUUAAGUUCGGGCUAUGCUGCUAGUGCAAACAGAUCUCUCUCAGCAAAAUCGACAACUGAGGACACGCCUUCAGACACGACAGUUGAUCGAAGACAGAGUGUAAGUUCGAGUCUCAAGCCGGGAAUCCUAAAGAAAAACAGGGUUGUGGCUCCUCCACCAGCAGCGUAUAUUAGCGAAUUGCCAGGAAGCGGUGUGAUCAAUGGAUCGGCAUCAAAUGAACAGAAAGGAAAGAUGCUAUAUGCCUAUGACGCUAAUGGUAGCGAAGAGGUCACUGUAGCCGAGGGCAGUGAAGUCAUAAUCCUCGAACCAGAUGACGGUGGCUGGACCAAAAUCAAAUACGGCUCUAAAGAAGGUCUAGUGCCAACCGCCUAUCUCGAAAUUCUUCCUCCGUCUUCCCACAAUUCCACCAAUAGACCCGUUUCGAUAAUCUCUACUUCCGGCUCCUCAAUCUCUGCAAGCAAAAAGCAAGGCCCAGCCGUCGCACCUAAAAGGGGAGCGAAAAAAUUGAAAUAUGUAGAAGCACUUUAUGAAUACACGGCGCAGAGUGAAGCGGAACAUAGUAUGGUGGAGGGUGAAAGGUUUGUGCUUAUUAAGGAGGAUCCUGGGGAUGGAUGGGCAGAGGUUGAGAAGGGGGGGCAUGUGAAGAGCGUGCCGGCAAACUAUGUACAGAUUGUUUAG